CUCCUCGUUUUUUCUCGCCCCUAUAUAAAGAACCUCAUACUACCUCUUCACCUACCACAACUACGACUCUUCCUCUCUCUCUCUCUCUCUCUCUUUCUCUCUGACCCAGCAUCCAUGGCGUCCCUGACCUGCUCAGCCGAGCAACUGGCUCAGUUCUUGGGCGCCAACACCACCAACCCAACCGCCGCCGCAGCUUACCUCUGCGACCAAUUCUCCACCAUCUCCAACAAGUUCACAGACACCGCCUACGCCAUCGACACCACCUACCUCCUCUUCUCCGCCUACCUCGUCUUCUCCAUGCAACUUGGCUUCGCCAUGCUUUGCGCCGGCUCCGUCCGCGCCAAGAACACCAUGAACAUCAUGCUCACCAACGUUCUCGACGCCGCAGCCGGUGGCCUCUUCUAUUAUCUCUUCGGCUUCGCCUUUGCCUUUGGCGCUCCCUCCAAUGGCUUCAUCGGCCGCCACUUCUUCGGCCUGAAGGAUGUCCCCACGCAGACCUUCGACUACAGCUCGUUUCUCUACCAGUGGGCGUUCGCCAUCGCCGCUGCCGGGAUCACCAGCGGCUCCAUCGCCGAGCGCACCCAGUUCGUGGCGUACCUUAUCUACUCCUCCUUCCUCACCGGCUUCGUCUACCCAGUUGUCUCCAACUGGUUCUGGUCCUCCGAUGGCUGGGCCAGCGCGUCCAACACUGGUAAUCUUUUGUUCGGUUCCGGCGUCAUCGACUUCGCUGGCUCCGGCGUCGUCCACAUGGUCGGUGGCAUUGCCGGUUUAUGGGGCGCACUCAUCGAAGGCCCCAGAAUCGGCCGGUUCGACAGUUCCGGCCGCUCCGUCGCGCUCCGCGGCCACAGCGCGUCCCUCGUCGUCCUCGGCACUUUCCUCCUCUGGUUCGGCUGGUACGGCUUCAACCCUGGCUCGUUCACCAAGAUCCUAAGCCCCUACAACUCCGGUAGCUACUACGGCCAAUGGAGCGCCGUGGGCCGUACCGCCGUGACCACCACUCUCGCCGGGUGCACCGCCGCUCUCACCACUCUCUUCAGCAAGCGAAUCCUCUCCGGCCACUGGAACGUGACCGACGUCUGCAACGGCUUGCUCGGCGGGUUCGCAGCGAUCACCGCCGGGUGCUCCGUGGUCGAGCCCUGGGCCGCGAUCAUCUGCGGCUUCGUGGCCGCGGUGGUGUUGAUCUCGUGCAACAAGUUGGCCGAGAAGCUGAAGUUCGACGACCCAUUGGAGGCGGCGCAGCUCCAUGGAGGGUGCGGCGCGUGGGGGAUAAUCUUCACGGCUCUGUUCGCGACGGAGAAGUACGUGAAUGAGGUGUACCCGAAGGUCCCGAACAAACCGAAUCGGCCCUACGGGUUGUUCAUGGGUGGGGGCGGGAAGCUCCUGGCGGCCCACGUUAUCCAGAUCCUUGUGAUCGUUGGGUGGGUCAGUGCCACCAUGGGUCCUCUCUUCUAUGCGCUUCACAAGCUCAAGCUUUUGCGGAUCUCGGCCGAGGACGAGAUGGCGGGUAUGGAUAUGACCCGGCACGGUGGGUUCGCUUACAUUUAUCACGAAGAUGAUGAAUUGCAAAAGGCCGGGAUUCAGUUGAGGAAAAUUGAACCUCGUGCAACGACCCCCACUUCCAAUUAGAAAGAUGGUUGAGUCCGUGUUGGAGUAGCAUUUUUGUAUGGAAAUGCUUUUGUAAAAGCUUUUGAAAGGUCAGGGAAAAUAGAUUUGACAGUGCUUUUCGGAAUGAUUGUGGCGUGUUUUGAUUUUAUCCAAAGUAAUGACAGCACUCCAAAUUGUCCAAAAGCGAUAAUGAAUAUGAAAUUAGGGAAUUCUGACCA